CCACAACGCCUAGAGAUUCUGGGAAUUCCCAGCUGUCUAGUCUUACAUUCAGGCGCUUUUGGGUUUUGAGUUCUUACAAAAUUGAUUAAUUUCGCUUUGGAUCGUUUUAAGUUUUGCCCGACUUGCAAUUUACAGCUACAAGCUUAUACAGGUGGCUAAUUUAACCUGACAAGCCCAUAACAUCCAGUGAAGGUGGAGUGAGCUUUUGAUAGGACCCGGAUAGGACAACACUGUCUAACGUUAAAUCGCACCAACUGACGAAGCUACAUGUAUAUACGGAUAGCGUACUGGUAUUGAUAAAUGGUACGUGUAUGUUGCCAGGACGUGCACAAUAAUUUGCUCUCCAACAAAACACUGCUCUACGCGACUCCAAUUUGAGGUCAAGUGCACAACAUUGAUUGGGUUGUGGGGUUGUUCCUCGGCAGUAAAACCGGAAGUGUAUCAUUUUAGAUAUUAGUUCGUAUUUUGGUAAUUCUCUUGUAAUCGAUUCCAGUCCAUACAUCACCAGAUGAGCAUAUCGUUUCCUAGGUAUCUACUAACCAACUGGUUCAUCAAUGUCAGGAAUAGUACGAAGUUUUAAAAAGAGGUUAGGAAAACCAUCUACAAAACGCAGGAAAUUAGGAAAAGAUGAGGAAGAGUGGUGUGAUGCCCUGAAUAAUUUGUCAGUGGACAGCAGCAGCGACGACGAUGAUGAUGAUGUUUACUACGACGCACCGGUAGAACCGAUUGAUGUCUCAACAACGUUGAAGAGAAAACGAAAACACAAAAAACAGGCGGAAAAAAAGUCAAAUAAAAAACAAGCAACAAUGAAUUAUCAUUUCAAUACCCAAUCCGCAGGGAGAUUGAGACUGGGGUCCAAUAAUGGAACAUCUGAACAACCCCGGAACGCUCCUAGUCACUCGCGAGAAACCGGUUUUAAAUAUGAGAAGGAUGCAUCGGAUCCCCCCAUUGGCACUCAGACCAGAACAGGUAAUGUGUUUCGCUUUGUUGCUGGAGGACCGUCUAGCUCAACAACGUCAGAACGGGACACAACACGACCGUCUGCCCUGAACUCGGACCGGCCGCAAACCAUCGGCACCCGACCAUCAACCAUCGGAGCCCGACCACCAACCAUCGGCACCCGACCACCAACCAUCGGCACCCGACCACCAACUAUCGGAACCCGAUCAUCACCCAGCGCCUUCCGACUACAGUCAAAUAUUCCUGAAAUGGGUCAUCAGUAUAAAGACCCGGCUACGUUUAAACAUGGAUUUUGGAGUACUUCCUUCUUUAAGGGAAGGAAGGUGACAGUGACCCUGAUGACAUCCUCUGAGCCUUUCAUCAUAGAGGGGUUGAGGAUAAAGCUGAAAGCGUUACAGAGUAGUCGUCCCAACCUCAUUGAAGCCGUUAAGGUCUACCAGCUACCGUACAGUGGGCUAGAACACCACACCUUCAAGGAGGAUGUUGAUAUCAUGGUACUCUGUCAUUCAAUCGAAAACAGGAGAUUUUCCAUCACCAACGUGACUGACUCCCUCUACGACGAGUUCCUCGAAUACAGCAAUGAGAAAAUUGGAAAAGAUAGAAUCGUUGUCAUGGCUCACGACUUCGCACCAGAAGCGGAAGAGGUAAGGGCGGUUAAAAUGACUUCUUUCCGUCAUAGCCAAUACUCCACCUUCGAAAACGCAGGUCUGGUCAUGAUUUGUGGAAGGAUGGAUAAGAGAGAGCCUGAGAUUAGAGAUCAAGAUUGGGACAGCUUUGUGAAGUUCUUGGAGAAUGCCUCCAAGAAACCCCUUCCUUCCAAGUCUCCUGCAGCUCAAACAUCAGUUCAUAAAGAUGUCGCCCCCAACACCAAACAAACGUCUAAAUUAGAGGAGCGAAAAAUCAAGCCAUGUACAGUCUCUUCAAGUCGCUCCGUUAGGAUGCAAACGAGAUCAUCCAAGCCCGUCAUCUAUAUCUGUACAUCCUAUGGACUCCACAGUAUCAAAGGACUCAUUGAAAUGGUUCAGAAUUCGCUGAAACAACGUUACUCUUCUUGUGAGAUCAAGGAGACGGAGCUGCCUUACAGUAGAUUAGACGACUUUAAGUUUCCUUCAGAGGCAAGCAAAAGAGAUGCCAUGAUUCUCUGCCAUUCGGUGAAUAACAGAGGUUUCUCCAUCACCGAUGUUCCCAACUCACUCUACAACGUUUUUCUAAAGUACUGCAAUGAGCUUUUUGGUAAGGAUCGCGUGGCUGUGAUCGUACACGACUUCGAUUGGAGUCAGGAAAUUCUGAAAAUCAAUCUCCAGCAAUUCGAACGAACGCAGCCGACUGCUUAUGAAUUGGCGGGCUUCGUCGCUCUUGCGGGAGAUCUCAACAUAUCCGAUGCCAAACUCUGCUACUAUCCAGAAAGUCUUGGCCUAGAUUCUUUUGUCAGAAAAUUACGCUGAAUGCGAUUUGAUAUUGAAUGAAUUGUAUAUGGACAUUCUUCACCACAAAGGGCAACUGUUAGUUUAAGAGUGGUGAAUUUGCGAGAGUGAAAACCCUGUCAAACCCUUGGAAUGAUAGUCAGUUCAUUGCUUUUGUUUUGUUUCGUGCGUUACCGCUUAUGGCGCGCCGUUUGACCAAUAAUUCAGAUAAACACUGUUUAUCGCCGAUAAACAGUGUUUAUCGCCGAAAAACACUGUUUAUCGAGCGAUAAACACUGUUUAUCAAGCGAUAAACACUGU